AUGCAACCUCUGCGGGCCGUCGACGUUCAGACGCAACCAUGGAACACCCUAGGCACGUGCGUGUUUGAGAAGCAGAGAGACAGCAGGAUCAAAACCGCGCAGGGCACUUCUGUUCUGAAAUGGGCUUCCGUGGCGUCACCUCUGUUCGCCUCUACUUGGCGCUCCGGCGGCAGACGACCGGUCACAAGACAGCUGAGAGGAGCCGUGGUCAAGGAUGCGGUGGCAGCGGUGGAAUGUCUCCCCUUCUCGGAGCUUCCAUCCACUGCCCCGCCUCCGUUGGAGAAUGAAGGCGCCGCGGACAGGGUUCGACGCAUGAUUGCUGCCGACCCAUGCAACGAGGUCUUGGAUUUGACAGACAGGCAGGAGCCGCCCUUUUCUGACGAGGACUUGCGUGAGGCCUGGCACGAACUCCAGCUCGGUAAUGCAGACGAGGCACGGUCCCUCUUCGUCAGGGCUGUGCUAGCAGAUCCCAGUGACUCAGAAGCUUUAUUUUGCAUGGGCUUGCUUUAUGAAGCCUUACACGACUUGCGGCGUACCGUGGAGUGGAUGGACAUGGCCAUAGAAGAGUGCCCUGACCAUGUCUUUGCCUGGGAGACGCGAUCACGGUGCAUGGAGCAUCUGGGUCGUCUUGCUGAGUCCCUGGCAGGAUAUGAGCAACUGGAGAUGUUGGACGAAAGCGCCACAGGACGCCGGGAAGGCCUGCUUGGGCAUCAGCGUGUGUACAUCCUUCCGGUGGGAGCCUGGGAGGACGGCGCGGCGGGAUACAUCCAAAAGGCGGCGAAGAAGAUACCGCCUCGACCGCAGUGGCAGGAGAACUUCAUGUUUGCGGAGCCUCAGCCAGAUCUCCGGCAACCUGCACUGGAAUCCGGGAUAAUGGCCUGGGACAAUGUUUUGAGCAAGGAUUUGCUGCAAAGGCUCCAAGAUUGCGUGGAGGACCAUUUCCAGUUCAUCUUUACGAACCGGUGGGUGUAUGAGGCCGACGACGCGUUUGAGGGCGCAGCUUCGACCAUGUGGCUUCCGAGUUCUGAAGAUGCCAGGAGCGUGCCGGAAGUGGCUGCACUGACAAUUCUCCGACACAUUCUGAAUCAGGACCCGGCUGAAAUUGCCGGGGUGGAGUAUUGGGCUAGGGUUCGAUCUGUAAACCUAGGUGCAGGCUUUCACUAUGAUGAGGCCGUGGAUGCAGACGAUGCUAAUUCAGAGUGGGUUCACGGGAACCCGUGGCGACCUCAGUGGUCAAGUGUGUUCUACCUCACCGACGAAGGAGGUCCCACAGUUGUGUUGGACCAGCUCCAUGAUCAUCACGGACGGCUGGCACCCACCUUGCCCCGCAAGGGCUAUCUGUGCAUGCCUCGUGCAAACCGCUUGGUUCUGUUUCGUGCAGAUCUUCAUCACGGUAGCCUCCCUGUGGAUAUUUGGCUGGAUAGCGAGCAGACAAGGAGGGUCUUUGUCUUCAACUUUUGGCAUCGACACGUGCCGGAGCCGCCCCAUUGCCAGCGGCUGAAUUUACAGCAGCAUCCCGCCAUGCGGCGGCAUGUGCUCACGUCAGACGAGGCCGCCGCUCUGCAAGCUGUCGAGAGUAGCCGCUUCGAAGAUGACCGUGAUGGCCCUAGCCCUGUGCGACAGAAGGUCCUUUCCCGACCCGAGGAUCUGCCCCACAGCUCCGAUUUCGGAUACCUUCCACGGCCUCUGCCUAUGCCCACCAUGGCGGCGCUCAAGGAGGAGAGGCUCUUCUACGAAGUGGACUGGCCAGCUGCUGCACAAGCCGGCAGAGAAUAA